CCCAUUUCCACAAACACAUACAAAAAAGCUAUUAUAGAAAGUAUUCCUAUUAUUUUUUUACAAUCUAAUUAGUGAGACCCAUUUAGACACUGGAAGUAAAAAAAAAAAACAAUGGACUCUCCCGACGUAUCCAGCCCUCAAUUUAAAGAACAAGCCUAUCAACAUGACUCGAGGUUUCGUAAAUAUGUUCAACUUGUAGAAAAAAACCUGCAAUCCUUUGAUGCUGUAAACGAAUGGGCCGAUAUCAUUUCUUUUCUCGGCAGACUAUUAAAAUCCUUUCAAGCAUAUCCGCAAUUUCCUAUUAUACCUCGUAAACAGCUAGUCGCCAAGAGAUUAGCUCAAUGUUUAAAUCCAGGUUUCCCCGCUGGUGUACACCAGAAAACCUUGGAGGUUUAUGCUUUUAUCCUCAAAACCAUUGGUUCGGAUCAACUCGCUGACGAUUUAGCAUUAUGGUCCACCGGUUUAUUUCCAUUCGUGCAAUACGCUGCUACACACGUCAAGCCACAAUUAAUUGCCAUCUUUGAAACAUAUUAUUUCCCGUUGCGGGGUAAACUUAGACCUGCCAUGCGAGGAUUGAUUAUUGCAUUAUUACCAGCAUUAGAGGAAGAAGGAAGCGAGUAUUUUGAUAAAGUUGUGAUAUUACUGGAGAAUUUAUCAGAAACUGUGGAGCUACCAUUUUUCUAUUCAUGCAUGUGGUUAGUGAUGAUCAGCAACCCGAGUCUUCGACCACCAGCUUUAAAUUAUCUCUUACGAAAACUUCCCAAGAUUACAGACCGAGAAGCGGUGGCAGUUGUAUUGGGAGUGAAAGAGAAUGUGAGUUUGAUGGUGAGAGCGUUUGCCAGUACAUUAAGCGAUCAGCAACUAUUAGUGCAACGAGGUAUGCUGGAAUUGCUAGUACAGAACUUUAUGUUGAAGAGCCGAAUGAUAUCGCAUGAGGAUUUGGUGAUUUUGAUGCGAUCUGCUUUGGGCAUUGUGCUUCGAAAGGAUAUGUCGUUAAACCGAAGAUUAUAUGCCUGGUUAUUGGGAAGUGAAGGCAGUUCCCAAGUUCAGUUGACUUAUUUUAUGACCUUUGCAGAAAAGGCAGCAACACAGGCCAUGCGAGGUAUGUUGCAGGAACAGCAUGUAGAGGCGGCAGUACAACAGAAGCCCUACAAGAUUUUGAUCUCGUUGAUGGAUAAAUGGGAAUUGGGACAACCGAUUGUAAAUAAUAUCUUUAUCGAUUCCCUCACCAGCCUCAAAUUAAAAUCCAAUCCCGAAAUCACCCAAACCGCCAACAUGUGGAUGGAUAUGAUGGAACCUUACUUGAUUUGUUUGAAACUAUUUGAAAUGAUUGAUACAUCUUUUCCUGCCACUGCUGCUGGAAAAGGCAAUCACGAAAAGAAUUUGGAGAAUAUGAAACUGAUUGAAUUUACUUUAAAGUCAUUUCAACUCUCGGACGAAGAGAUCAAGCAUGUGCAUUUUCCCUUGAUUUUAGCUACCCUUUCUAAAAAACUAAAGGAUGCAUUAAAGAGCCCAACAUUUAUUGAGAUUUUACCUCAAGUCAACCAAUGUAUUUCCAUUAUCUUGAACCUGUUGGGACAAUUACCAGCAUCUGUCUAUGUGGAUCGACCUGUGACAGAAGAUGAUAAACAGCAUUUCAAACAGGGCACGAAUGUACUAGAUCAUGCACGGGCUUUUUAUGGUUAUCAACAACCAUCGAUUGACCAAGAAGAGGAGGAAGAAAAUCUAGAGAAUGUGGAAGGCGGGGAUCUUUCAUCUUCAACUCAUAUCAAAAAGAAUCAACCCACAGCUUUACCUCAACGUGGACCCGAAUUCGAACCUUUACGUGGACAGAUUCUUGUGAAGGAAGUGGCGGAUAAUCUGGCUGAUUUCCUGAUUGAUUUUUCCAACAGUUAUAUUGUGCUUGCCGAGAAUCCUGUGACAGGUGUGGAUGUGGGAGAAGAGGGGAAACGACUAAAGCAUAUCGAACAUCAUUUAGAGCGUGUCUUAUUAGGCACAUGCACAGCCAUCACAACCCUUGCCAAUCAUGCAGAUAGCUCACUUCAGUUGAAACAGCAAGACCAGUUUACUCACGUCCUAUUGAAAUGCUGUCAACAAGUGCAUGUAUUUGGUGUUGUAGAUGCGGGUCUAUCUACAUUAACCAGCCUUGUCAAAAAGAAACGAUUUGUACAGUCGUCUGUUUUAAAACAUGUCGUACAGGUCAAGAGUGUGACGGAUCGAUUGUGGGCAUUCUUAUCGCCUUCCAUGCAGUUACUUCAUAUGCGUACGGUUGAGUUAUUAUGGUUACUGAUCGAAGCCUCUUUACCACACCAGAUUGAAACGAUCGUAUCCAACUAUUUAAUCCGUCAAGACGAUGACGCAGAACGAUUAGCGAGUUAUGAGAAAUUUGGCAUUGUUUGGGAACUAUCUGAAAAUAUGCCGGAUGCAAGUAUUGUGUUCUCAAGACCCAUGUUUCUCAUGCUGGAUUUGUUAAGAGAAGGCACAUCACCGUUAGACAGACGAUCUGGUGAGACAUGGAUUCGAUGUCAUCUCAAGAGUUACGUACGUUUAUUGGAGCCUUUCAUGAUGUCCAUGUUGGAUAAGCAGAUUAUGCGACGUUCAGAACACUACAAGGUGGAUUGGAAACAUCAGACAUUUUUAAAAAAGAAGACAGAAGAAAAGGUGACGGAGAUUCCAUAUUUUGUUUAUGUAAGAUCGUUUGAUACGGGUGUGAUUGAUUACAUGUUUACGACCUUGAAUACAUUGAUUACCUUUGGUGGAUUGAAUGUGCUCAAGACAUGCAAGAAUCAUCAGGUGGAUAGUGAAGGUCCGAUUUCAAAGGCAGCUCAAGUAUCUUUAGGACAGGACAUGACAAAAUCAAUGUCAUUUUUGGAUCUUUUGGUCUCUAUAUCAAUCAGAUAUUUAGAAACUGAGCCUACAGAGAAGCUAACGAAAACACUGACGAAGCCCGUACGCAGUAUUCAACUGCAUGCAGCCGACUUGCUGUAUUUGAUCAUUUCUAAAUUGGACUAUGUCAAUAUGAAACUAAUUCAACAUAUUCAGACCAGCGUGAUCAACAAACUCUUGUUUUGUAUUAGCACACGCAAUCUGGAUUUACAGCAAAAGCUUUUACACUUGCUACAUGCGUCGUUGGCCAUCACCUGUGCUAGUACACAACCCGAGGUGGCAGGACAUCAAAAGAAAGGAUCUGUCGAUAGUAUCUCUUCUGCAACAAGCCUGAAUGAAGCGAUUUCAUUGAUUCAGACAUCAACUGAUUUAUUUGUAAAAUGUGUCACGGAUGCACUGACAUUGUCAAGUAACCGACCUAUGCUGCAGCACUGGAUGGAUUUUGUAUUAGCCACUUUACCCUAUGUCAAGAACGGAUUUCGGUUUAUUUUGGUACCCAUUUUAAUGUGUGUAUGCAACCAAAUUAGUUGGCGUUGUGAUACCAUGGAUAUUAUGAUUCAUGAGAAUCCAGCCCAUGCCUCAGCAUCCAAUGCAGACAAAGAAUUACUGGUGCUUUUGAUGGGACUUGAAAAAAUUGUGAUGUUUUGUUUGACGGAAAGGGCCUUAAACGAUGAUUGGUUUACGAAUUUAAAGUCUCCCGAAAUAGCCAUCCCUCGCAUCCCUGAGAAUUCUGCACUCGUGGGCUUGGCACAAGUGGUCCUUCAGGACGAAAACAAGGAUAAGCCAAGGGAUACCAUCAUGUUUCAUUUACCAAUCAUUUUGCACAUCCUGCUCAAUGUCUGGCACGUAUUUAGAAGACCUCAAUGGGACGAAAAGACAAGUCAGGCUAUGGGAGAUGCCAAGGUCGAUGCCGUCUUGCAAAGCUUUUCGUAUGCUGCGGAUCAAACGAAAAGUAGACUAGAAUCGUUUUUCGAAAAACUUUUCAAGUAUUCGAAUGUGGACUUUGUUGAAGGUUUGACAGAAAUCUUUUUCUUGGAAAACCCCACUGCUUUAGAGUUUGAUCAGGAUCAAUAUCAGUACAUUGCCAUGGAUAUCUUGUCCAACACACCAACCAGUACACCGCAACACAUUAUUACUACUCUACUGGAUAGCAUUCGACAACGGACGCCCAAUACUUAUCAAAGUCGACGACGAAAGAUAUUGAGAGUAGGCAAAUUGACGGAUACUUCUAUAUUAAGAUUCGCCGAAAUUUAUUGCGGAUAUAUCAAGAAUCCUGAAUCGAUUGUGUUACUCUGGCCAAUGAUCCAUUCAUUUUCCAAGGACUAUUUAUCGCAGGCGAAUGCGUACAAGAUGUUCCUACCCGGUCUGAUGCGAUUCUUGACGGUUUCAUUAGAAGCGCUGACGAAAUCCAAUGGGUAUGAACAAGACCGCCGUAUUCGCAAGGACGCGCAAGAGUUGUAUCAACGGUGUAUUGAUUAUUGUAUUUUGAUUGCUGGUAAAUCAUUUGAUCAAAGUUUAUGGAUGCGUAGCCGCACCACAUUGUAUGAUGAAAGUAGCCAAGGUGGAGACGACAACUCUUCCAUUCACACGGUGGACUCGUUAAAUAAUGAUUCGAAUACCACGACCACAGGAGGGGGUGAUGCCAUGACGCGUAAUGUUUCCAUCAGUAACGUGUCCGAGAUGGAAAAAAAGGCUAGUUGGAAAUCAAGAGAGGAUAUUAUGAUCAAUCAAGUCAAUCAAUACCUUGCUCAUCAAGUGAUUCCACGACUUCGACAACUGGUGGGCGAUAACGAUAAAAUCAACUCGCUGUUGAACAAUUUAGUCUAUUAUGUGAUUGGUCCCUGUCUCAAGUCUAAAGUAAAAAAUCCCAUUAUUUUAGAUCAACUGUGUGAGAUGGCUCAUAUGCCAUUUACGUACAAGACAUGGAGAAAGGAAAUUUGGGAAGUGUUUAUUGACAACAGGUUCUUUUACAUGAACGCCUCAACGAGUAAGAAAUGGGUGAAAGUGAUUGGGACCGCAUUUUCGAUUGAAAAGGAAAGAAUGACCGAGUUAACGGCACGUAUCAUGACAUCACCUUCCAAUACGUUCUUUUCCAACAAGGAUCAAGAGACAUUAAACCGUAGUUUAAACUUGCGUCGACUUUCGUUUGUGUUAUUUGCAGGCACCUGCGAUCAAUAUGUGCCUCAAUUACCCGUCAUUCAAGAGAAAAUUGUCGAGUUGCUAAAAUUAGAUCAUGGAGAAAUGGUGCAUACGGAGAUUUUUCUUUGUCUUCGUAUCAUCUUAAUGCGCUUCUCUCAAAAGCAUCUCAUGAAUUUCUGGCCUGUCCUCAUUACCGAGCUGAUGCGAUUGUUUAAUUCGUUUGUAUAUAAUGAUUUGCAAGAUAGGCCUGAAGAAGCGCAAAUUGCAUUAGCUGGGUGUAAAUUCUUAGAUCUGUUGUGUACCCUUGAACUUGAUGCGUUCCAGAUAUAUCAAUGGAUCUUUAUCCGAGAUACUGUGGAAACGAUGAUUAAGCCGCAGACGGAAGGACCUGUACCGAUUAUGGAAUUACUAGACAAGAAAUUGAGCACAAGCCCCAUGGUAAGUUACAUUUUUACAAAAAGAGAGAGAGAGAGAGAGUGUGUGUGUGUGUGUGUGUGUGUGAAGAGGUCUGGAUUCUUAUGAUAAUAAAAUUCACUCAUAUUUUAUAAAACCGAAAAAAAAAACAAAAAGGAUAAUGUGUUUGAUUUCUCGUUGACAGACUCGAUGCAACCCUCUUUAGGCUCCUUAAAACGACCGAUGUUGACGAUGCGCACGAUUGCAUCGAUUCGUCAGCUUUCGUUUUUUGUUGAACAUGUUGGAUUAUACGUCUAUCAAUCGUCAUUCACCUUGUCAAAGCCAGAUUUACCGUUUAUAGAAAGCCUGUUACAGAACGACUUGAUCAAAGAGGAUGAUGGUACGACCAUAGUCAAUGAAUAAUACCAUGAUGUCAUGAUGAUAGAUUUUGUUUCAUUUUAUUAUAUAUAUAUUUUUUUUCAUAAAAAGCGCUCUAGUCGGGGACA